AGCUUGCCUAUAAUGGAACACAUUUGGAAGCAUGUGAAGUUACUGUACCUGCUGCUGCUGCUUCAUCUUCUUCUUCCCGUCAAUUCAGAACACCAAAUAAACUCUUCUAAUUUAGCAUCAAUUAAUAGAGUUGGUUCUGGUGGUGGAGGCCAUGGAUCUGGUCAUGCAAGCAGCAUGGGAAUGCACGGUGGUAGUAAUGGUGAGCAUGGAAAUUUGCCACACUCGGAAGAUGGAAGCACGGUCCCUUUAUAUGGUGCUGCUGCUGCUGCAGGUUCUGCUCGUGAGAGAAACAAUAAUCAUCAUCACCAUGGUAAAAGUAAUGCCACCUUAACUUCUGUCUGCUUUUAUAAUUGUCUUCUUCUUCUCUUUUUCUCUGCACCUAUGGGGAUUUUUCUGUGUACCUGACAAUAUCCAUAUUACAUAGUCAUUUUAUGUAAACACCACA